AUGUGGAUCAGUUGCCAGGAGGUAUGCGGGGUGAGGGAGUGCGUGAGUGGGCGCCCAUGUGCCUCCACGCCCUCACAAGAACAACUUAUCUUGGGCUCAACCAAGGUUUCUGCAAGUGGGAGAGGAGGGUUUAGGAGGGAGAGCGGUCACACUGAAGUAGUUUCAACUAUAAGGGAGUGUAGUGUUUUGUGUAAGCAAAUACGGACUGCCUAUAGGUGCAGCAGUGACGGGGAAAGCUUGGCAGAGACCUCAUCUUGUUCCCCGGACUCUGGGUCGUCAGGUGGAGAAACUUCCUCUUGCAGUCCAGUUCAACCCCCAACAUCAUACUUACCCUCAGAAUCACCUCGAUCAUCUCCGAACCCGCGGCAGCACACCCAUGAGAGAGCAUCUCCUGACAGUGCAGGAGAUGAGUUUGGAGAAGUUAAACCCUGCUUGGAUUGUGGCCAGGAUGACGAGGCUCAAGAUGCCCAAGUGUUUGAUGGUGGUGGAGGCCAGCCGGUAUCCUCUUCAGCUAUGCAAAGACCUUCAACAACUGAUUCAGACUUUCACCUUGUCCCAAAGUGUGAAAAUAGUGACAUGCCUGAACGUAUGUCCACUACCCCACCCCCACCUGACACAAGUGAUCAUUCUGCGGAUAUUACCCCGGUUUCAACGGGAACACCACUUCGUCCACCCUUGGUGUCUCUAGGACCACCACAAACUACCUUAAGUCCCAUGCCCCACACACUUUCUGUCUCAGUAGCAGGCCUUUCAUCAGGAAUGGUCAUCUCGGCAGGGCUACGCUGUGCACCACCUGUGAGUAUUGCACAACCAUACUGGGGUGGAGGAAGCAGCCGUAUUAAUGGUAUGCGACCAGAGUUCAUCAGUGGUGGCAUGGUGCAACCUACACAAUCUACAAAUGUUCCUGCUGCUCCUCCAGCUGAUUCUAGUAGAGCUGGUUAUUCCCCUCGUCUUCGCACACCCACUGUUAUAAUGGGAGAAGCAGGUGGUGUUAAAACAAUGUUCUGGUCAACACCAUCUGAAACACAGACACCUGUAUCUCAAGCCCCAAGAGAGAUGCUCGCUCAGCCUGCUACUUCGUGUGUUUAUGGAGCUGAUACUAGUGACGCAGUCCGUGCCUCAGUAGAUGGUCUCUUGACGUUAGGUCAGGAAAGAAGAGGAUCUCCUCCCCAACUCUCUCCUUCAAGUACUCUUUCACUCUCACCUGCUGCUCGUUCUCCAAUAACCCAAAGUGCGAGAUCACCUCACACACAUACCCCAAUUGCUCGUUCUCCUUACACUAUAGCACCUUCUUCUCCUGGUUACCCAGUGGUUCGAGGUCUAGGCUCACCGCAGAGUUCCGGAGACCUUCAACUCUUACAAAGUGCGUCCUAUAUACACUCACCUACUGGUGUCGAUAGUCAACGUCAUCAAUCCACUCCUCUCAAUAUGGAACGAUUAUGGGCGGGUGAUCGGACUCAGUUGCCUCACACUCAACCAGAUUCUCCAGCAGCUCUUAACUUAUCUACCGUAGCAAUGUGGGGUGCUCGCACUAAUAGUGGUGAGAGUGUAGUCACUGCUCCUGCUCAACCAACUCCCGUUGAAGACGAUGAGGAUGACCAACCUAUGAUAUGCAUGAUUUGCGAGGAUCGUGCCACAGGACUGCACUAUGGUAUCAUCACUUGUGAAGGUUGUAAAGGUUUCUUCAAGCGAACAGUGCAGAAUAAGCGGGUGUACACAUGUGUUGCCGAUGGUGACUGUGAAAUUACAAAAGCACAGCGCAACCGUUGCCAGUAUUGUCGGUUUCAAAAGUGUCUACGUCAGGGCAUGGUGCUUGCUGCUGUAAGAGAAGACAGAAUGCCUGGUGGUCGAAAUUCUGGAGCAGUCUAUAAUCUGUAUAAGGUAAAGUACAAAAAGAAGAAUAAAAAGAAUGGUCAGAUAAAGCAAGGAAGUAAUUCUCCUGAGAAGAAAAUGGUUCUGGAUCCACUUAUGAUGGCUGGAACAACAUCCCUUACAAGCACAUCUUUACCAAUGCCUAUUUCUAGCCCCCUCGCAUCUCCACCAGUCACGUCGCCCAUCCCAAGUACUCUCAAUAGUGGGCACAUUCUAAAAGCUGCACUCACCAAUCCAUCGGAGGUGGCCCACUUUAGGCAAAGGAUAGACAGCACGGUAUCUUCAUCAAGAGAGCGUGUUAUACCAUACCAUGUUGCCCAAGCUAUGAUUCGUAUGCUAAUAGAAUGUGAUGACUUUGAAGACAUUGCCACACUGAAGAACCUGGAUGACUUAUUAGACCACAAGAGUGACUUGUCAACCAAAUUAUGCCAACUGGGUGACUCCAUAUCCAUAAAGCUGGUGCAAUGGACCAAACGUCUUCCCUUCUACCAGGAACUACCUGUAGAAGUCCAUACACGACUGCUCACUCAUAAGUGGCAUGAGCUCUUGGUACUUACUACGUCUGCUUAUCAGGCUAUAUAUGGCCUACAGAAGCUGGGGUCAAGAUCUUCAGAUGGCACUGAGGCAGAGUUCCAUCAGGAGGUAUCCAACAACCUCUGCACAUUGCAGACCUGUCUAAAUUCUAUGAUGGGGAGACCUAUCACCAUGGACCAAUUGCGACAGGAGGUUGGUGUGAUGGUAGAAAAAAUUACUCAUGUCACACUAGCACUUCGCAAAACAAAGAUACAAAUUGAAGAAUAUGUCUGCCUGAAAGUCAUUGCCAUGUUAAACCAGUCACGAAUCAGCCAUAAAGAGUUGGAAAUAAUUCAGGAACGUUAUAUGAGCUGCCUUCGGACCUUCUGUGAAACCCACUAUCCCUCUCAACCCACCAGAUUCCAGGACCUGCUAGUCAGACUCCCAGAUAUUCAAGCAGCUGCUGCUAAGCUAUUAGAAACAAAGAUGCUGUACGUUCCCUUCCUGUUGAACUCCACCAUCAAUAGAUAGCAAUAAACCGAUGGUUGGUUCUUGGAACAAGUCAGCUGCAAGGCGUCUUGUAGUGAACCAUGUGCCGUCCUAUGUCUCUGCUGUAACCAGCAGCAAUGAGGGUGCUUCAGCCACUCUCACCAUCAUGCCUAGCAGUUGCCCACAUCAUGAUUGACAACUAGUGACCAGUCCAUGAACGUUACCAAUUUCUGCAAGGAGCAUGAUGUUAAUGAAGUGACAAUUUAGCCAGAGCAUUUAUUUUGCUAAAGGAAAUCAUCAGUUGUUUUUUCCAGUGGUUGUGCAACCAGUUUACCUGUGAUGGGGUGUGUACCAGUUUUUCAGAAAUUUAUAUAUAAUUUCUUUUAAAGAUUUUAUAAAACUUUCAGACAGUUUACCAAAGGCUUUCUUUAGUAGAAUGUUGUGGGUAUGUAUUAGGAUUAGGAAAAUUCUAAUACCCUAAACAACAGAAAUACUUAACGGUUGUGUGACAGACAAGUUGUGCACUUACUAGUGGCACAAUUUCCCUUCCACUGAUAUUUUUCACGGCCAUCUGAAAAACUUCCUACUAGUCGCAGAACGUUGAGUCUACUUAAAAGAAUUCUAGUUUUAUGGUGUUCUCAAGAGUAUGACCAAGCACAAGACAGUUAUGGCAGUUUUCCAAAGGUAGCCCCAGGUGGGCUACUGGGAGGCAGUAAGUUGGUGCAGGCAAGUUGUUGGUUGGGAGUGUGAUCCUCAGCUCCCUCUAGUAGUCACAUGAUUGUGUUCUACAAUGAGGGAGCACUUACAUUGGUACCUGCAAGGAUGGGCUAUCAAACUCGUUCAGUAUAUGAACAGUAUUGUAUGAAAGAAUCCACUCUUUUUUAAGUAUUACCAGCAGUUUACAAGGAAAAGUUCCUAGAAAGAUCCUACUAACAGUUUUCAAUGCACUGAUCUCAAAAGUGCAAAGAGGUAUUAUACGUCUUGUAAAACACAUCACUUUUAAAUGUUAAGAUUUAUACAGAUGAUUUGUAUCUCAGAGGUGCAAGCCUCAUUAUUGUCCUGUGCUGCCAUAUGACAGUGUACCAUUUAUACCUUUAUUAAGGAUGAAUAAUUCUUAGAAAUAAUAUAUGGGAAAAUCUUUUAUUAAAAGUACAUUUUUGUAAAUACACUUUUGCAGAUGAACGUUUUGUUUGUACAGUUUUCGGUACUAGAGCUGGUGUAUGUUGUGAAGGUGUGAGUGUGCAGGUCUGUGUCUCCAGUGCAGGGCACAGACGGAGGCAGCUUACAGGGUACUCAUCAAAUAAUGGCAUUUUCUCUUGGCAAGUCUCAAUUAUGCAUCAAAUACAUUAUUUUUGAGUUAUAGUAUUUUACAAAGUUCCUGUUAUUAAAAUCUCUUAUCACACUGUAAAAUAGAAUAAAAUUGAAAGUCUUAAUAGAUUUCAUUAAAAUAUGUUAAGUUUACAGUACUUGCUUAUUUUAUUUAUUAUUUAUAUUUUUAGUUAACAUAUUCUAUACAUUUUCUUACAAAUAUAAUAAAACUUCCCUGGAAAGUGGUUCAAUAAUUGGAGGCUCAGAAUGGACCUGUGCUUCUUUCAACAAGUACCUCCUGUAUAUUUAAUACCUAGGCUUGAACCUCAGAACUCGAUUUACAAAUUGUGUACAGUAUUUUAAUUCGAAAAUAAUUUGAAACCAAAAUUUUUGUAAUUAGCUUUACCACAUUAUGAAAUAUUUGAUAAAAAUUUGCAAGUACAUACAUGCUUGUACACAGACCAGUGCUGCUGUACAAUUUUUAAGUUACCAGUGGCUGCAAAGUAAAUCUUACAAAGGUUGACUUAAGAUGCAAUGAGCUGUAGCAUCACUACCAAAAAUUCUCACUUUGCAAGAAUAUAAAUUACUUAUGAAAUUACUGAUAUUAUGGGGUAGUGGCAUUGCAGUGGCCAACACUAGUCUUUGAUCUCACUCUUAUUUUUAAAUAAAUUGUCUUUAAUGCUGAAUAUUGUCAACAUGACAUUUUCUGUGGUGUGAGAUUAACAUUCAUGCAAGGCGAGUAGUAUUAGGCAAUGAUGAUGCAGCAGUAGCCAAAGUCAAAGCAGCCGUGAGUACACUGUAAGCCGACUCCUUAGUGUAGUCAAGCAAUCAAAUUUGUUGCUUCUAUAUUUAAUGAAAUAAACAACUGAACUUUGAA